GCCACUGUCAAGAUAUAAACAUUCAUGCUUAAAUAAAUUUUCUAAUAGCAACAUUGUCCUAGAACCUAGAGGCUAGAAUUUAGAAAACCAACAUGGCGAUUUUACAUCAAGGUUGGUGUUGUUGUGGCCCGAAAUUUUGUUUUUCCAUGCUAUUUCGUCAUUUUCCCAAACUACGAACGACGAGUUGAGUUUUUAUUCCUCCGUUUAUGUUUUGUGCCCGUUUUGAGAUAGUGACUCUUGAAAUCUGAAAAUGUCGGCCGCUAAAGAAAACCGAAAAGAAGACAGUCGCAGGUGUUCGAAGUGUGGCAAAUCCACGGCAAAGGAAAACGUUUCUUUGUUUCGUUUUCCAAAUCCCGGAGUUGGGAAUCUUUUGCGCUGCACCCUGUGGGCAAAAUACCUUUUCCCUCGUAUGAACAGCACACUUCAAUAGCUUUUCAAAAAAAGCUGUGUGCUGAGCACAGGAUGCUGUGCCAAAAUCACUUCCACGAAGGUGAUUUUACAGAUGGCACUAAAAAAUCAUUGCUAAGAACUGCAGUUCCCCAUGAGAUUGGACCUGUAUUGAAGAACCACAUAAUAUUGAAGAGGACAAUGCAGAAAUGCAAGCAUGCGCAUAUGUCUGCGAAUUUUUAAUUAAAAAAAUAUGCAGUGUUAAUAAUUGUGAGAUGUGCAAGCAUAUUUUUGUAUCCACAAAUGUGGAAAAAGUCCACACAUUUGUAGAAUAUAAAGAAUACAAUGAGUUAAAAAAAAGUUUGCACUAUGCAAAUAAAUCUAUUAUAUCAUGUGUUGAAAAGUGUGCAACAUUAAUAAAUUCAUUUAUUAACCCCUUCAGUCCUGGCGUCCAUGUAAGUGGACAUGCUCGUAAAACACUCAUUAUAUUGUUCGGUUUUAUCAAAAGUCGAAUAUAAACAAUGCUAGAAAUCCGAGAAGUACUUAGGAUCGUAAUAUUAUAAACAACGUUGAAGAAAUGUGAUGUUGUUAGGUAGAAAUAUUUAAUCAAGUGUAGUGAACAGUCAUGGACAGCCGACAAGCACGUAAGUUUAUUUUUGUUUUAUUUUUAUUGAACAUAGCUGUUAUGUAUAAAGUUGAAUUAUUUUUUUUCUCAAAGAAUAGUGUUCAUUUUAUAUGCAGACAUAAUAAUAAUCAUGAAUCUUUGUAUCUUACUAUGUGAAAUCUGUACUUAUUGUCAUGUCCAUUGUAAUGGACAACAGGUUCCAAUAGAUAAAUUUGAGCAUAAACCUUUAUUGCGAUAAGUUUGAAUAAAAAAUACUAUUUUUUAUUACUUUGUUAUUAUUUUUCAGGUUUUGACUUAUCCAGGCAACGAGAUGUUGACAAUUUGCUCAACAUUCUUGAAAAUGGGACCUUGUCUGAUAUUGACGAAGAAAGCGAUGAUGAAAUUCUACAGAAUAUUUCAAAACCGCCGCCUCGUGUAGGCAGUAAUAUCGUCCUCCCCAACGAACCUUUGAUAAAUGAAGAAGAAAUUGAACACCAACCAAAACCAGAAGAGCCAAUUCCUCAAUCCAGUCGACAGCCUAAAACGCGUAAAGCGGAUAUAACUUGGAGAAGACAUUUAGAAUUCAAUCCACCACAGUUUACUUGGACAGCUCCUUUGCCAUCUGAUAUAGAAUCUCCACUUUUACCAAUUGAAUAUUUUUUUAAAUAUAUCCCUGAAGCUCUAAUAGAUGAGUUUGUUUUCAAUACAAAUCUAUACACCACCAUAAAAGAAGUGCGGAAUUUCAAGCCAUGUAAUGCAACAGAAAUGAAAGUGUUUUUUGCUCUUCAUAUUAUUAUGGGAAAUCUAAAGUUUCCACGUAUACGAUUGUCUGGAACUCGACUUGGAGCAAACACUAAGUGUUGAUGAGCAAAUUGUUCCUUUUUGAGGAAAACUUGACAUCAAACAGUAUGUCAAAGGAAAAUCAAAAUAUUCAUGAUUUGUGGCAAGAGUGGAUUAGUAUAUGAUUUCAUCAUUUAUCAGGGAGCAAGUACGAACCUGGAUAAAAAUGAUAUCGCAAGAUAUGGAGCAUCUGCUUCAUAUGUAAAUGCACUGGCAAAGCGAAUAAUUAGCCCUGGACAUUAUUUAUUCUACGAUAAUUACUUUUCCAAUUACCUUUUGUUGCAAGACCUUAGAGAUAGACAAAUUUAUGCUGGAGGGACAAUCAGAUUAGACAGGUUUGGAAAACCCCCUCUCAUUACAGAUAAAGAAGGAGCAAAAAAGCACCGAGGAUUUUCUGACCAGGUAACCAAUAGUUCGAAAGAUGUGGUGGUCCUGAAGUGGAUGGAUAACAAAGGUGUCAUCUUAGCAUCCAAUUUUGUUGGUGUUGGAGAGCAAGACGAAGCUCGAAGAUGGAAUAAAGUAUCCAAGUCGUAUAUAUCUAUUCCACGCCCUGAGCUAGUAAGGUUAUAUAAUAAUGGAGUGGGAGGAGUAGAUAAAACAGAUCAUCUAAUAAGCCUGUACCGUAUUUUUAUUCGAUCGAAAAAAUGGACGCUUCGUAUGAUAUUCCAUGCCAUCGAUUUAUCACUAUCUAACAGUUGGUUGGAAUAUCAGGCAGACUGUGCCAUGUGUAAGAUACCUGAGAGAGAUAUUCUGGAUUUACUCCAUUUUCGGCAGCGCGUAGCAGAUUCGCUGUUAAAAAUGGGACUGCCACUAAACAACAGAAAAAGAGGACGUCCAUCUUCUGGAAGUAGCAGUCCCAUAAGCAUUCCAACAUUUCCACAAACUCGACGACGUCAAGUUGAAAUGAGACCAAUACCUGAAGUUCAGUACGACACUGUUGAUCAUCUGCCAGAAUACGAUAAAAAAAAGGAAGCUACUAGAUGUAAAAACCCUGAAUGCAAGGGCAAAACACAUGUUUAUUGCCUCAAAUGCGAAAUCCAUCUCUGUUUCACUAGUGAAAGAAAUUGUUUCCGUAUUUUUCACCAAAAAUCUUAAUUUAAUUAAUAUGUUAGAAACUAAACAUUUUCAUUGAUA